AUGAUUGUUUGCGUUACUUAUAGACCACCUGACUGCCCGGUUACAUGUAUACGGGAUGAACUUAAACCUAAAUUCAUUGAGGCUUUGUUACUGGGAAAAGAAAUCAUUAUUUUGGGCGAUAUGAAUUGCAAUCUCCUUAAAACAUCUUGUUAUGAGUCUAAAAUAUUAUUAGAUACUUGCUCCGAACUACACCUGACCCAACUUAUUAAAGAUCCAACGAGAAUUACAUCUCAAACAAGUUCAUUACUUGACGUUAUUAUAAUUUCGUCCUCCUCUAAAGUUAAAAGUAGCGGGGUUGUUGACAUUGGUAUUAGCGAUCAUUCUAUGAUAUACUGUAUACUUAAACUUAGAGCUGAUAAGCCUCGACCUGAAUACAAGGAUGUGAGGAGUUUUAAGAACUACAACUCCCAGAGUUUCAAGGCAGAACUGUCUCAACUUCCGUUUCAUGAAACCUAUCGCAUUAGUGAUUUAAAUGAGAAAAUUGAUCAUUUCAAUCAAUUGUUCAUAAAUACUCUGAACAAACACGCGCCUAUCAAACACAUCAGAAUUAAAGGCAGACUUAAUCAGUUUAUUAAUAAAGAAUUAAAGUGCACGAUGAAACUGAGAGACAAAAAGCUGAGAAUUUUUCGCCUCUCACGUAACGCGGAAGAUUGGGACGUCUAUAGGCAACUUAGGAAUUCUAUAAAAACAUCUUUAAGAGCAGCAGAGUCCAACUUUGUCCGGAAUCAAAUUGAGGAAUAUAAAGGUAAUUCAAGAUCUAUGUGGAAAGUGAUUAGGGGGUGUCUGCCAAGCAAAGAUUCAGAAAAACCCGUUUACCAGAAAGACCACAAAAAAUUAGCCAAUGAAUUUAAUGAAUAUUUUGCUUCUGUGGGGAAGAUUGCAGCCGACAAGGUCAAGAGACUUGCGGAAGUUAACAACAUUCAGAUGACAACUGCUUUACCACCUGCAAGACACCGAUCUUCUCUUGAUCUGUUUGAAUUUAGAACAGUCACACCUGAUGAAGUUAGAACAAUUAUUUUAAAUAGUCCAUCAAACAAAGCUCCAGGUGCCGAUAAGAUAAAUAUUCAAUUCAUUAAAGAUUCACUUGAAGUGAUUUUAGAUCCUGUUACGGAUAUUAUCAACUGUUCCUUGAUGACGUCAACAUAUCCUUCAAUGUGGAAGAUAGCAGAAGUGGUACCGCUACACAAGGAAGGGGAUCCUGAAAUUGCUUCAAAUAAUCGACCGAUUUCACUGCUGUCAUGUUUGUCAAAAAUAUGCGACAAAGUCGCACUGAAUCAGUAUACAGAACAUCUAACAAACCACAGAUUAUUAACGGAGCAUCAAAGUGGUAAUCGAAAAAAACAUUCUACCGAAACACUUAACAUUGCAGUGACAGACAUGUUGUUGGAAGCUAUGGACAAUAAAAAGUUAUCUAUAGUUAUAUUGUUGGAUAUGUCGAAAGCCUUCGAUAGUGUUGAUCACAACAUGCUUCUUCAAAGAAUUCUAAACCUAGGCGUAUCUUCUGCAGUGCAUAAGUGGUUUGAAAGUUACUUGUCUGACAGAUGGCAGUAUGUUAGAAUUGGAACUACCUCUUCGGCGCCUGUUGCAUUGUCGUACGGAAUUCCUCAAGGCUCUGUUCUAUCGCCGUUUUUAUUUAAUAUAUACACAGAUAGUUUGUUUUCAGUUCCCAAGAGUUGUAGUCUUGAAUCGUAUGUUGACGAUUCGAAAACAUUUUUAUCGUUUUCAUUGUCGCAUAUGGAACACUCGUUACUACAUAUAGAAGAGGAUCUACACAGAAUUUUUGAAUGGUGUUGCAACAACAGUCUUCUUGUAAACCCAAAAAAGACCAAAAUGUUGGUGGUUGGUACACGACAACUCAUGAAUCAAUUGGAAUCUCCCGUUUAUAUUAAUUUUAUGGGAGAAAAUCUUGCACCUGUGACAGAGGUUAAGGAUUUGGGUAUGCUUUUGGACUCCCAUCUAACGUACGACAAACAUAUACAAGCAUUGUCCUCAUCGUGUAUCUCAAAAUUGCGUCAGAUUGGUCGCGUGAAACACAACUUUGAUCAGUCAACACUAGUUACAAUCAUCGAUACAUUAGUCAUGAGUAAAAUUAACUAUUGUUCAACAGUAUGGUCUAAUACGUCAGAUGGCAACAUAAAAAAGAUCCAAUUAAUCCAAAAUUGCGCAGCCCGAUUAAUUACAGGGGUGCAUAAGUAUGAUCAUAUAUCACCAACAUUAAACGCGUUAGGAUGGUUGUCAAUCAAAGAACAUCUAUUGUACAGAGAUGCGUUAUUGACAUUUAAAUGUAUGAAUGACAAAGCUCCACAGUAUUUAUGUGAUAAUUUUGAACCACGAAACAGAAUUCAUAACCGAGAUACUAGAAGAAAUGGAGACCUGGAUAUUCCAAAAUAUAGGACAUCGAUCGGGCAAAGAUAG